AUGAUUUCCGAAUCUGAUCCGCCUCCCGACUAUUCGGAGUCGGGAAACAUACCAACCAAAUCCACCGAAUUAGACGAGCUGUAUCCCACUGGACCACAGAAAGGCGACGAGUUUUCUGCUUUGCGGGACGAGGAGCUGAUUGUUGCUGACGACGAGCUCGACUCGGACAUUAGCGACAACGAGCCUCCUUAUCCAAACGCGGUUCCUCCGUAUUUGGAGGAGAUUCCUCCCCGUCUAGUUAGAGAUACUUAUAAUUUCAACGAGUCUAAGUUCUUCAAGACCAGUGAGCGAAUCCUGGACGAUCUGAGGAACGAUCCGUUCUUCUUUUUGAGUGGAUUCGAUUUUGAACAACGACUAGGCGAGGGAAUUUUGAAUGAAGACACCGUUUACUAUGCCGAGAGGCUAAAUGGAUUUAUUAAGAACUCCGCUAAAAAGUACCAGGCUCAGAUCCCUGUUUCCGCAUUUGAUCCGCUGAACAUCGCCAAGCCUUCGGAGUUAGAUGACGGACGGAAGCUCUGGACCAUCAACGGGAUCAUCACCCCGUCACCUCAAUUGACCAUAUGCAAGCACCCACUUUUCCACUUCAGAAUCAAAAUCAAAGGCAAAGGAAAUACAAUGCACGUCAAACACAAGUUUUACAGCUUUGGAGACAACCAGCUGCUAGAAAGCGAUAGAAAUGACCUGCUCUUGGACAUUGCGAGAAUCAAGUCAUACACAGCAAACGCCUCGGAUCCUGAACAGUCAUACAACAACCAAGUUCUUCUCAACUCCAUUCCAACCGUGAUUGAUUCUGCAAACUACAUUUGCGAGGUAACAGGAACAAUUCUAAGAAUUGAGGUCUAUCCUUCCAUCAUGAACUACGACGAUUUGAAGCAUUUUGAAAAGGAAGAAAUAGAGCUCAGAUUCUCCUCGUUCAUAUCACAGUUACCUGCCGAAGCGGCAGACCGUCUCAACGUCCCGUCUACCCUCGAAUGUCUCAAUACUCUAUUCAAAGUGCUUAAGGGACCCCUCACGAAUCUAGAUACAGACGAUAUCAAAACUUUGAAACCCAACAACUCUCCUGUUUUGAGGCUUCAUCUGCAUCUUGAUCUACUUCCAGCAAAACUAUUCUUCCGGGUUAUAAACGAGGAACUUCAGCCACCGCGGUUUUCGGAUCUUGGAGAAUUUAAACAGGUUGGUUACGAUUACUAUUUGAGAGUUCUGACCGAAGUGUUGUAUCUUGGAUCAAUCUUCUCGCCGACUUCGGAGUUUUUCAAGCAAAAGACUACUUUUCCUACAGACAUGCACCCGGUUUUCCGCAUUUUGAACGAGCCCGAUUUAUCUAGCCAGCUCCAGUACUGGGACAAGUUCCAAUAUGUGACCGCUUUGACUACGCUGAGUGUAUGUCCAUACUAUUCUGAUAAACUGAUCAUUGACUGUUACAAUACAAUGACAAGUAUCAAUCCAGAUAGUACACCUGAGCUGUUUGAUGCAUUGACCUACUGUGCAACCUCAAGACAAGGAAAUGACUUGGCCAUGUUCGUGGCCACUUUGAGGUCAAGAGGAGUGGUUGGAUUUUUGGAGCUCAAGAGCUGCUUCCAAAAAUUCGGAUUUGACAUUACAAACCCAGAAGUUGCAGAGCAUUUGACCGACGAGCAGCUCAUCACAGCAUACAAGAACAAUUUGAUUGUCAGUGGAAGUAAGUACGAACGGUCCACAUUUAGAGAAGCGUUGGAAAAAGUUGGAAAGUUCCGAGAAAGUGUGAAGAUUCGUGAGUUUUUGGAAACCGAGCCAUUCUUUGACAUUUCAGAAGCUUAUGAAACUUUGGAGACAGAUCCAUCUGUUGAUGAUGAUGUUUUGAUCACUGCUUUCCAACUGAAGGCAGAAGAGUCGUCUUACUACUCUUCCCUAUACUCACGUGCAUUGAUGACAAUUGCUCUUCAGCGGAAGAGUUUGAUGCUUGUGAGCUACAUUUACUCCAAUCUUCCACAGUUUUCUCAUUUUAAUCCAUCUGUGGAGGAGGCCUACCGUUUCAUUGGUUGCGAUCCUUAUGCUGACGACUCGUCCGUGGUUCGGAUUUUCCAGGAAAGAGCAGCCAAGGAGGUCAAUAUCGACUUCUAUGAACUAUGGAUCUGUUUGAAAACUAUUGGCGAGACCAAGAAAUCCAAGCUCAUCGAAGGCUUUCUGAGCUCAGGUGUUUUAGAUUCGAGAUUGCUUUCGAUCGAAAAGACACCGGCAGGGCUGAACAAUAUUGGAAACACAUGCUACCUCAACUCUUUGCUUCAGUAUUAUUUUGUCAUUGAGCCGUUGAGAUCGCUAAUUUUGGACUUCAAUAAGACAUUUGCAAACACUAACAUCGAAACGGACACAAAUUACCAGGUGAGAAGAAUUGGUGGCAGAACCAUCGGAUACAAAGAAACGGAAAGAUCUUAUCAAUUUAUGUAUCAGUUGAGAGAUCUCUAUGAUAAACUUAUUCAUGAAGAUUCGAGAUGUGUUCAGCCAACCAGAGAACUUGCCUAUCUUGCAUUCAGUCCAAUCAGCGAUGAAGUCGAGUUUGAUGAUGGGAAAAAGGAGGAUGAUGUUCAGAUGGAAGACGCCGAGCCGAGAACAGAAGUUCAAACCCAUGGGGAAGUCAAGGUGGAGCUUGUCGAGUCGGCUCCAACAGCAGAGACUAACAAAGUGACAGAGCCUGAAGAAACUAAGAUGGAGGUUGACGAGCCUGUCGAGGAGACUCUAGACUCACCAGGCUUCCAGACUGCAGCUACAGCCAAAAUCAGCGCCGACCAGAUCGAGAACGCUUUAGAGAUUGGUCGUCAACAGGAUGUCACCGAAUGCAUUGAGAAUGUUCUCAUUCAGAUCGAGAGCGCUCUGGAGCCAAGCAAAUUGGAUUCGGACAACGAACAGAUGGAUAUUGUGAAAGAGCUGUUUUAUGGAAAGACCAAGCAAACUCUUGUUCCUGUUGAUCCGAAGACCAAAGAGGAGGUCGAGUCUGCUACACCACGGACAAAAGAGGAGAGAUUCCUGAACUUGAUUGUCAACAUUGGUGACCAUCCAAAGGAUAUUUACGAUGCCUUGGACACCUAUUUCACUGAGGAUUUGCUGCAGCUCGAUAAUGAAGAGGUGAAGCGGUCAUUGACAAUUACUCAGUUGCCAAACAUUUUACAGAUUCAAAUUCAGAGAGUCCAAUUUGACAGAGAGAGACUCAUUCCUGUCAAAUCCAUUGAACCACUUCCAUUUGAAGAGAACCUUUAUAUGGACCGGUACAUGGAGACGACGGACCAAGAUCUCAUCUCAAGAAGAAAGGAGGUGUUUAUGUGGAAACAUGAGAUUUCUGAGCUCCAGGAGCGUAGACGCAAGUUGUCUCAGCCAAACGAACACGGACUGCCUUUGAGAGACGCACUUGAGUCUACUCGUCAGUUUUUGCAGUCCCAAGCACUCAAUGAUAUCGGGCUACUAAUUGACUCCAACGUUGUGGAGGUUUUAACUGAGCAGAUCGAAAAGAUCGACAAGGAGCUCGCCGAGAUCAAGAGCGAGAUCGAGAGACUUCAGUCGUUAAUCUCCGGACAAUUCAAGCAUCUCACCAAAAUCGGCUACUCUGUCUUUGCCAUCUUUAUCCACAGAGGACAGGCAUCUUACGGUCAUUAUUGGAUUUAUAUUAGAGAUCCAAAGUCGAACCUUUACAGAAAGUACAACGACGAGAUUGUGAGCGAGGUGACUCUCGAAGAAGUAUUGAAUUUUAGCGAGAACAACAGUGCAACUCCAUACUAUCUCGUUUUUGUGAAAAACGAGUUAUUGGACGUCAUUCAGCCAUUGAAGAGAGAGGUUAAACCGCGUGGGUCUGCUGACCAGACUCAAUAA